AUGCUUUCAAUACAAGAUCCUGAGACUGUUCCCGCCGGCCUGCUUGAAAUUUUUGAGCGUGUUCGACAUAGUGCUGACUUUAUGCCUUUGAAACAGGUUGACAAACAGAUGACUGCCUCCUUUGGAUCGGACUGGAGGUCGCGAUUCGCUUCUUUCGAAGAACGUCCUUUUGCAGCAGCCUCUAUUGGACAGGUACACAAGGCUGUUUUAUUCGAUGGGCGCAACGUUGCUGUGAAAAUUCAAUAUCCGGGAGUUGCGGAAGGGAUCGACUCUGAUAUCGACAAUCUUGUGUCCAUACUUUCUUUCGGCCAACUUUUCCCUAAAGGAUUGUUUUUGGAGAAUUUUGUGGAGGUAGCACGCAAGGAACUCGCCGAUGAGUGCAGGUAUUUGAGAGAGGCACGUGCUAUGAAAAAAUUCCGUGAGUUGCUUGCUGACUCAAACGACUUCUACAUUCCCGAAGUGGUGGAUUCGCUUACCACAGAUCGAGUUCUCACUGCAGAAUAUAUCGUAGGAAAACCUGUUGAUCAAUGCGUGAACGAACCACAAAUUGUUCGCGAUUACAUUGCUGCAAAGUUCAUCGAACUUUGCCUUCAUGAGAUUUUCAUUUGGAGAUUCAUGCAGACGGAUCCAAAUUGGUCAAAUUUUUUCUUGGGAGUUCAUCCAGUGACAGGUUAG